CUUCUAAAACAAAACCAUCCCACUUCUAAUAAACUCGUUCAUUUAAGGAUGGGGAUGGUCAUAUACUCAGAUGCCAUAUUAGUGCCCUUGAGUCUCUUCCUUACAAUGGGCUACCAUGCUUACCUAUUGCAGUACUACUUCAGGAACAAUCCCACCCUUGCUACCACUGGAGUUGAUGCAAUAAGGAGAAGGAUGUGGGUUCUAAGCAUUAAAGAGGAUAAUCAGAAAAAAAGCAUGCUUGCAGUCCAAAGCUCAAGAAACUCUCUAAUGGCUACCAUACUUGGUGCUGCCAUAGCUGUUGCUCUGAAUUCAUCAUUGGCAGCUCUUACCAACAAUACGUAUAAUGCUGCCCACCUCUUCAACAGUACCCUCUUGGGCUUACACUCUGGUCAAGCCCUAGUUCUGAAGUAUGGCUUAGCAUCAAUCCUCCUAUUGAGUAGUUUCUUAUGCAGCUCCAUGGCACUCGGAUGCUUGACAGAUGCAAAUUUUCUUGUAAGCGUGCCCAAUGGGUUAUCACCUGAACACUUGCAAGCCAUGUUUGACCGAGGAUUCAUCUUAGCUUUUAUAGGCAAUCGGGCACUCUAUGCCACUUUUCCUUUGUUGUUAUGGCUGUUUGGACCCAUCGCAGUUGCACUGUCGUCGAUGGCAUUAAUAUGGGUGCUAUAUGAGCUUGAUUUUGGUGGGAAUGGUGUCAAGGUCAAUUUGCCUAGAACAAGUCCUGCAUGUAAUGUCAAAUUGUUAAGUGAAGUGUGCUAAAUGAAUUAUAUGUAACGAUUCAUUCUGUUUUUAAUGUGAUG